AUUCAAACAGUCGUUCGGUUUGAACUGACAUUAUACUGUAGACUUUGAAGGUGCAUAACGGUAGACUCCUACCGUGAGAUUUCCUUGCCUGCUUCGUUUCACCUGGAUUUGGAGGGCCCGGUGCGCUUUGCCAUUUAUGUCCACUGACAAGAAAUACAAAACUGUUGAUCGCCCCCAGAGAGCUCUUCAAAGUAACAGAAAACCGUGUCUUUUCCUCAGCUGUCUGUCUCAAAUGACAUUCUCGGAAUAUCUUGGUAAAUCCGUUUACUAUGAGACUUGACAGAACGUCUCAAAAUGGAAUACAGGAGCGAAAGCCAGUUAUACUUCGAGGGUCAAGAGCAUGAUAAGGGAGGGAAAGAGAUUGUAUCACCUUUUCCAGGGUGAGCUGGUUAAAUGCAGGACGGCAUAGGUAGGACACCAGGGAGACUGACCGGAGACAACUGGCCCCGCGAAUGCAAGCGCUUUGAGAUGAGCUCCCACGACAAGCGGCACUCGAGCCACAGAGGCAGCAUGCAGGGGCACCACAGGUACACCGACGGCUUCAGCGACACAUCCAGUGUCGGGAGCUUCAUGGACGAGACGGACAGGGAGGUCAGCCUCCUCACGGACCGCGCCUUCCGGAGCCUGUGCAUCGGCGAGGAGGCCAUCUACAACGACUCCGAGUUUUCCUCGUCUCCCGUCGAGCGCCACAAGGCUUUCCCCGAGGACCCGCAAAGCGAGGAUGUCCUCAAAAGGGCCGCCCAGGAAGCGUUCCCCCUCAGCCUCGAGCAGUACGGGGAGGUGGCGGGAACGGCAACAUUCCAGCAGUCGAUCACGGACACCGCAUACCAGGAGCAUGCCCUGAUCAGUGAGUACGCGACUCACCUUAGCAACGGCGCUGUUGAAACCACGUGGCAGCAGAAAAGGAGUACGUCAAAAGUGUCCUCCCUCAUCAAGGCAUUCAACGCAGCAGAGUAUGAGGGAGAUGGAGGCUUUGCUGCUGACAACCCCCUGUUUGGACAAGGUAUGCUGACGAAGGAUUAUAUGUACCAGGAUGAGAACGAGUCCUGGGACAAAUCUGCCCUUCUGAGUAUCCAGAGGGAAUUAUCAGAAUUCUCCUCACCCUAUCAGCAGAACUUUAAGACCGGCCCUUUCUCCCAAAUCAGAAACCAUUUUCAUUCUUCCGAAGUAGCAGCAAGCCUGGACCCGUCUGCUUCUUACACAUACUCCUCAAAAAGCAAAUAUAGCAAGUUUAAGAAACCGAUUCAAAGGAACUUUUUUCUCCAUAGCGAAUUCAGUCCAUUCCAGACAUGGAAGGAUUACAACAGGUUGCCAUUCGAAAGGGAGGUGGUGCCAGAUGUUUUGUCCUCGAAUCAAUUCCCCAGGUGGUACGACUCUCCCCUUUACAAAGAGUUAACAGCAGCCCACAGAACUCAAAUAGCCCAGUCUGAGGAGAAAAAAUCUCAUCGGAAACAAGCUGACAGCAUAUUCCCAGCUGAGCCGCCCGUCUCGGUUCGACAGAAAGCCCUGGCCAUUGAAAAGCGGUGUGAAUCAGAGAUGGCGGCCAACUGUCCACCUUGGAGACGGAACCGGCAACCGGUAAAAAACAAGUUUCCCGCCAACCGUCCCUGCACAGCAUCGCCAGGCAGUGAAAAAACCAGACGGAAAGAGGACAGUCUGUUUUCUUCAGGCAGGGCGUCCGCAAUCCACCACAGGGUGUACACAGUGGCAGACGGGCAAGCAUCAAACAGCUCAACGCCUUUCAGCAUCUCCCAGCUCCUGACACCCGUGAUCCAUGCCAGGCAGGAAACGGAAACAUCUGAAAUACUGCAGUACGCACACUCUCCCGCAAUCCGCGACAGUCCAGCAAGUUUGAUUUACGAAAUCGAGCAAAAGUCGCCCGCUGAGGUCAAACUGCGCGACAAGUAUAAAUCCAUGGCUUCGAGUUUACUGUUCAACCUCAAAGACAACAGGAAAAGAGUGAAGAGCACCUACAGCCCAGCCGUGUUUAAAACCCUGGAAGUGGCAGAUCACAGCAAACAGCCCUCGCAGCUGGACUCACUUAUCCCAGGGACCUCAGAGACACCCGUGUCUGGAGUUAGUGCAUCAGUGCGCACAGACAUCCAGUCUGUCCAUAGCCCUGCUCUGCAACACACCAAGACGCAAAUGGGUAAUUACAUGAAACGUUCUGAUGGCUGCCCUUCAGAUGAUUACUUCAUGUUAACCUCGCCUCAGACUGUAAAAGAAGCUGCUAAUUACAGGAGCUUCAGUACUACAAUGCAGGAGAGUGCGCAGGUCAAAGACCAGCUUGCUGAGAGCCAAACUGGCCAAUAUAGUGGUUCAUCCUUCAUGGCCUCAAAAUUGAAUGAAAUCCCAUUAAGAAAGAAACCAGAUUACUCCUCUUGGAAGCCAUACGAGACAGCAAGUCCCAAGGAGCAGGACAGCAGAAACGUUUUGCCAGCAGUCCAAAUGCAUCCUCAGUCCUUUGUGAGAAAAGAAAAGGACAAUGUCAGCAAAGACUUCAGAGCGGCACCUUCAGCCAAUGAAAUGGAAUACUUAGAAAAUUUGAGAGCUCAACAUAAAUACAGUUAUCCACAGGAAGCUGAAGUUCACAGACAUAAAACCAACACUAAUGAAAUGUUUAUUUCAAAUGAAAAAGGUGUCAGCACAGAAAAAGCUCCCAUGAAAGGAGAGAUAGCUGCCUUACUGGAAAAAGACAGAUAUCAACUAGCAGCUCAAAGAGGAGAUGCAGUUAGACAACAUGUGUUUGCAAUAAAUGAAAAAUAUAACACAAAAAGUGACUCGUUUGCAAGUGCAGAAAGAGAAAAUACGGUUAGAUACGGUUUGUUCACAAUGAAACAAAAAGAUAAAACUCAAAAUGAGGUCAUUUCAAGUAAAGACUAUACAAGAAAGGAAUUAUCUGAAAAUCAAGUAAAUGAUCAGGUUAAAUAUGAAGCACUUGUAAGAACACAAAAUAAGCAUUUUCCAAAUGAAGGGCAUGCAAUUAAAGACAAUGAUCUGGCUAGAACAGAAAUACACGGCAGAAAACAGUAUGUACAUAGUAACAACAAAUUAUAUUCUGUUCAAGAAAAUAACCAAGGUAAACAGGAAUCAUUUGCAAACAAUGAACGCAAAUAUGUUAAAAAUGAAGUAUUUGGAAAUAAAGACCUGACUAGUCAGGGCACGUAUUCAGGCAGAGACCUGAAAUAUGCUCCAAUUGAAGCAUAUGCUAAAAAAGAACAAGGCCAAGUAAAACAGGAAGUACCAGUGACAAGGGAGAAUAAAACUCCUAAAAAUGAAGAAUUCACAUUUAAAGAAUAUGAGCAGGCUAGGCAAGGUAUGCUACUGAGGACAAGUAACAGGCUUGGUACAAAUUUCACAUCUGGGUAUAAGCCAAAUGAACUAACUAAACAGAAUGUCAGCCGACAUGCAACAACAGAUAGCCUCCCUUCAAGGAGCGAGGUACUUUCUGUCACAGAUCAUGAUCCAGCUAAGCAGGUGCAAGUGCCACGCAGGAACAGAUUUGUUAAUAAUGAAGCAUUGGCCACUGAAGCACCUGACCAGGUUAAAAGUAGCCUACAGUCAGCCCGAGAGGUCAGAUAUGCUCCCAUUGAGGAAUUUGCUAGAAAAGACCGUGAACUGGAAAACCAGAGAAUAACUGCAACAGGAGAGGUCAAACCUCCUCAAAAUGAAAUGGUUGUAUUGAAAGGGCAUGAGCUGACUAAACAAGGUUCAGACUUAAUGGGAGGGAACACACAUAAAAUAUGUGAUGUGUCUGCACAUAUGGAAACCAUAGAAUCAAAGAGGGAAAGAACUGAAACAAAUAUUAUGGCUUCCAGUAUAGUACCCGAACAGACUAAUAAACAAGCAAUCCAUGCAACACAGGAGAAAACUGUUAAGAGUGAGAGUGUUGCACAGAUUACAAGAGAUGACAGGCAUUCAAAUAUUGAAAAGUCUCCAAUUGUGGAACGCAUCAGGGCUGAUACAGACGAACAGGCACAGAAACAGAGUAAAUAUGCUCAGAAUGAGGCACUGACAUGCAAGGAAAAAGAUCGGGCUAGACACGACACUUUUCCGUCUAAAGAAAGAGGCUAUAGUAGGCAGGAAAUAUUGACAUCAAAACUGAAAGCACAUGCUGAAAAAGAGAUAUUUGCAAUUAAAGAAAAGGGUCAUGCUAAAUGGGAAGCACUUGCUACAAGACAGAAAGAACCUCCAAAAAGCAAUGUGCUUGGAAACAAAGAGGGAGAUAACAGCAGACAGAAUGAACCUCCAUCUGCAGAACAUAUUGGAAAGGAUACAAAUACAGGCAAUCAGGCUAAAGAGAAAUCUGUUGAAAUUACAGGGAAGGUGCAAAGUAAAAAUGAAGCAUUUGUAAAUCAAGAAAAAGUCUGUGCUGUAGAGGAAGCUCCUCCAUUAGUAGAAAGUACUAAAAAUGGAGCUGAAGACAAAGAAAAUCAAAAGGCUAAACAGAGUAUGAGUGCAGUGCAAGAAAAAGAGUACGCCAGAAAUUAUAUAAUUACAAAAACAGAGAGAAUCAAUUUGAAACAGGAAGAAGUGCAGUCGAUAGCACGUGCUAAGAUUGAAGCUAUUACAGGCAACAGAACUCAGCAGGCCAAACAUGAACUUGCAAACAAGGAUAGAGGGAAUGCCACUCAUGAAAAUAACAAAACUGUAGCUACUGCAGCCAGUGAAAACCAGAUGGCUAAACCAGAAGAUUCUAAAAAUGAGGAAAAGAAAGAAGAAGAUAAGGUUAAAAAGGAAGCACUUCCACCGAGAGAGAAAGAAACUCAGAGCAGAACUGCUGUAAUUGAUGAAAAUCACCAGGAUAAGCAUGUACUUUUGAACAAAGAGAGAGAGAAUAUUAGCCAGGCAGCCUUCUCAUCAGUAGAACGUAUUAAAAGUGACCAUACUGAAGUCUGUGAAAAUCGCCAGGCUAAACAGGAAAUGCUUGUAACAGAAGAAAAAGCAAUUGCCAGCCAUGAUGUACCUGUGAACAAAGAAGGAGUCAGUGUUAGCCAGGAAGUACCUCCAUUAGUAGAACACAUUAAAAAUAAAGCUCUUGCAGAUCCUGAAAAUUCAAAACAUACACAAGGUAUACUUGCAUCCAGAGAAAAAGAAAAUGUUGACACUGAUGUACUUGUAAGCAUACCACCUGGCAAUGUUAGACAGGAAGGACAUCAGUCUGUAGAGCAAAUGAAAAACAAAACUGUUACAAACAAUGAAAAAUACUUGGUCAAAGAAAGCACAGCUGUAGCAAGAGAAAAAGACUGUUCCAAAAAUGGAACGAUCACAUUACAUGAAGAACGCCAGGCCACGUUAGAUCCAUUAGCAAUUAGAAAGCAUGAGCAUGCUGAAAAUGAUGCACUUGGGGGCGGGGAGGGAAUAGGUGUUAGACAACAGGAACCUCCAUCACGGACUAAAACUGAAGCUAGUGCAGUGAAUGUAACCCACAAAACAAAACAUGAACUUCCAAACAAGGACAUUGGAAAUGUUAUACAUGAACCACCUCCAUCACAAGAAAGGGAAAAUGUUAAAAAUGAGUCAGCUGCAAUCGAUAAAAAUCACCUGGCUAAAUCAGAUGUUGCAACAGGUGAGACAGAAGAUGUUAAAAAUGAUCUACUUGCACACAAAGACAGAAUAAGUCUUAUACAAGAACUACCUCAGUCAGUAGAACACACCAACAAUGCUAUUGCGGAUCAACAAACCUGUCAGUAUGAACAAGGUGCACUUGUGAAAAGUGAGAAGAAAAAUAAUGCUAAUAAUAAUGUACUUCCAAGCAAGACAACAGUCAAUGUUAGACAGGAAAUACCUCAGUCAGUUGAAGAUAUUCAAAAUAAAACUGUUACAAAGAAUGAAAACCAUCUGGUUAAAGACAAAGUAGCUGCAGCAAGAGAUAAGGAACAGUCUAUGAAACAUGAAACAACAGCAUUACACAAAAACCAACAGGACACACCAGGUUCUCUUGCAGUUAGUAAAAACAAAACUGCUACAGAAGACACAGUAGGAAGCAUAGUGAAAAUUAGACAAGAGGAACUUCUAUCACAAACUACAACUGAAGCUAGCGUAGUGAACAAAACUCAAGAAGCUAAAAACAAACUUCCAACAAACAAGGACAGUGGAAAUGUUAUACAUAAAAUACCUCCAUCAAGAGAGAAAGAAUGUAUUAAAAAGGAAACGCCUGCUGUUGAUGAAAGUCAAAUGGCUAAAACAGACUUUCCCUCAAAAGGAAGACCAGAAUAUGUUGAAAAUGAUGCUCUUAGAAGCAAUGAGGCAACUAGUGCAAGACAUCAAGAAUUUCCACUACAAACUAAAACUGAAGCUGCCGUGGUCGACAAAAUUCGCCAGCUUGAUCCUGCACUUCCAAAAACAUCUAGCAGUAAUGUCAUAAAUGUGGUGCAUCCAUCAAAUGAGAAAGAAAAUAUUAAAAAUGAACCAACUUCAGUUAGGGAAAAUAAACUGGCUAAACCAGAUGUUUCUGAACGAAGAGAGAAAGAAGACGCUAAAGGUAAUGUUACUCCAAAGAAGGAUAGAAUCAGUCUUACACCGGAAGUAUCAAAGUCAACAGAAUUUACUAAAAAAGAGACUAUUUCAGUUAAGGAAACCCACACAGCUGAACUGGCAGUGGUGCAUCCAUCAAAUGAGAAAGAAAAUAUUAAAAAUGAACCAACUUCAGUUAGGGAAAAUAAACUGGCUAAACCAGAUGUUUCUGAACGAAGAGAGAAAGAAGACGCUAAAGGUAAUGUUACUCCAAAGAAGGAUAGAAUCAGUCUUACACCGGAAGUAUCAAAGUCAACAGAAUUUACUAAAAAAGAGACUAUUUCAGUUAAGGAAACCCACACAGAUGAACUGGCAGUGGUGCAUCCAUCAAAUGAGAAAGAAAAUAUUAAAAAUGAACCAACUGCAGUUAGGGAAAAUAAACUGGCUAAACCAGAUGUUUCUGAACGAAGAGAGAAAGAAGACGCUAAAGGUAAUGUUACUCCAAAGAAGGAUAGAAUCAGUCUUACACCGGAAGUAUCAAAGUCAACAGAAUUUACUAAAAAAGAGACUAUUUCAGUUAAGGAAACCCACACAGCUGAACUGGCAGUGGUGCAUCCAUCAAAUGAGAAAGAAAAUAUUAAAAAUGAACCAACUGCAGUUAGGGAAAAUAAACUGGCUAAACCAGAUGUUUCUGAACGAAGAGAGAAAGAAGACGCUAAAGCUAAUGUUACUCCAAAGAAGGAUAGAAUCAGUCUUACACCGGAAAGAGAAAGAAGAUGCUAA